AUGCAUACAGUGAUUGUUCUUUAUAUCCUUGCCCUGACUGUUCAUCAUGUGCAAGGUUCUGCACCCAGAAGCUGCAAACAGUUAAAAGAUGAGUUCGGCUAUGAAACAGAUGGGGUGUACACCCUGACCACAGCUGAUGGUACAGUCUACCAGACCUUCUGUGACAUGACAACUGCAGGUGGUGGCUGGACCCUGGUGGCCAGCGUUCAUGAGAACAACUUGUAUGGUAAAUGUACAGUGGGUGACCGCUGGUCUAGCCAGCAGGGUGACAAUCGCAGAUGGCCAGAGGGUGAUGGGAACUGGGCCAACAGAAAUGUCUUUGGAACAGCAGAGAGCGCCACCUCUGAUGACUUCAAGAAUCAUGGUUACUAUGACAUACAAGCAGAAGAUGUGUCAGUGUGGCAUGUUCCCAACAACUCGCCACUGCAUAACUGGAGAAAUGCAGCUAUCUUGCGAUACCACACAAAUACGCACUUCUUACAAGGAAAUGGCGGGAACCUUUUCACUCUCUUUAAUAACUACAGGGUGGGAUACAAUGUAGGUAAGUGUCUUACCAACAAUGGACCAUCCAUCCCGAUCAUAUAUGAUCAUGGAAAUACAGCGACCACAAAGGCGUUUUAUGGGCCUCAUGCACAGACCCAGUUUGACGCAGGCUACAUCACCUUCAGAGCUAUCAACACAGAGCGUGCCGCCACCGCCAUUUGCUCCGGGACCAAACCAAAGGGAUGUCACAUUGAACAUUUUUGCAUUGGUGGAGGAGGACAUUUCCCAGAGGGGCGGCCAAGACAGUGUGGAGACUUCACCUCCUUUGACUGGAGUGGCUACGGGACAAACAGGCAUUGGAGUGCAUCAAAGCAAAUAACUGAGGCAGCCGUGUUCCUCUUCUAUCGCUGAUGCCACCAUUUUGGAGCUAUAUUAACAAUGCAUGAUUCU